AUGCCGGGCGCCAAGACGACGCUGCUCAUCGAGGGCACCUUUGAGGAGCUUACCGACGAGUUCGCACAAUACAUCGACAGCCUCAAAAAAUCCCAGGGCGACGAGGGCGCCAGCCUGCAGGCCGAGAGCGCCGAGCUGCUCAAGGAGAACAAGAAGGAUGAGGUCCUCAAGAAGCUGGUUGUCGGCAGCCAGGCGCUCAACCAGGCGCCCGAGAAGGAGUUCAUUGCCGCCUACAACCUCCUCAUCCACCUCGUCAACCAGUCGCCCAACGCGUCCAUGUUCCUGCCCAAGAUGUGCCAGAACCUGAGCGCGCCCAUUUCGUCGUCGCCCCUCAACGGCGGCGGCCUGGCCCUCUCCAUCCUCAGCACCAUCUUCAACACGACGCAGCACACCAACGAGGCCCGCUACCAAGUGCUCCUUGCCAUUCUCCGCGUCAUCCGCGCCACAUCCAACUUCGAGACGCUGCGCCCACAACUCAAGCAGCUCGACGCCUGGUUAGCCGAGUGGAAGACGCCCGACGACGACGCCCGCAAGCUGUACCUGGCCGUGAGCGACGUCGCAGCCGACGCCGGCGAGAGCGAGCAGGCGUACACAUAUCUGCUGCGCGCACUACGGACGUUUCUCUCGGAGCAGGCCUCUUCGCCCGAAGCGCGCGAGCUGUCGCUGCGCGCCCUCAAGUCGGCCCUGACCCACCCCACGCACUUUGACUUCCAAGACCUCACCGACCUCGACUCGAUCCAGGCCCUGCGCAACUCGGACCCCGUCUACUUUCAGCUGCUCGAGAUCUUCAACUCGGACCUGCUGGACGACUUCAACGACUUCAAGGACGAGCACGACGGCUGGGUCGACGAGUCUGGCCUCGAUGGCACUGCGCUGAACCGCAAGAUGCGCCUGCUGACGCUUGCCUCGAUGGCGGCCUCGGCCGGCCAGACACGGGCGCUCCCGUACGAGAAGAUUGCAAAGGGGCUGCAGGUGCCUCUGGAAGACGUCGAGAUGUGGGUCAUUGACGUGAUCCGCGCGGGUCUGGUCGAGGGCAAGCUCAGCCAGCUCAACCAGACAUUCCUCAUCCACCGCUCGACAUACCGCGUGUUCGGCGACAACCAGUGGAGAGAGGUGGCGUCAAGAUUAGACCUGUGGCGCAACAGUCUGCAGGGCGUGCUGCACGUCAUCCAGCAGGAGAAGCAGAGGUUCCUCCAGGAGAAGGAGGACGAGGCAAACAAGGCCGACCAAAAGGCCGACAUGGCGUCGCGGUUUGGCGGCCGGGGCGGCCAGAGGAAGCAGCAGAGGGCUAUUGACGAGGAUAUGGAUUAA